GUAAUAUUAACAAUUUAAAAAAAUCUUAUAGUUCAAGUGGACAUAUUUUGAAGUUUUUGACUUUUUGUAUAUAAAGCGAACUCUGCAGUGCAUAUUUAACAUUGUGAAAUACAAUUCCCUAAAAUGAAAACUGUUCUCGUUUUGGCAAUUUUGAGUUGCGUUGCUCUUACCAUUUACGCUCAAGGUCCUGAGCCUGAGCCUACCCGUGGGCCCGGUCCUGAGCCUGAACCUACUCCUGAGCCUAUUCCUGAUGAACUUAGGUGCGACACUUGCGUAACUUUGGCAGAUAUAAUUAAGGGCUACGCUGAUGAGCAUAUUCCACUGGAUGAAGUUAGACAUGAAGCAGAGAAAUUGUGCCGUGAUUUGCCCGAACAAUUGAGAGAAGCUUGCGAAAGAGAAUUGCUACCAAAUCUUGACAAAGUCUACGAAGAGCUAAAACAACAUACACCUCUAGAGUUUUGCACAAAACAUGAACAAUGUAAAAAAGAAUAAUAUAAUAAAAUUGUGAUAUGUACAUCUAGUUAAGAAAAUGCAAAAUAAAUUUUUAAAUUAUUGA